AUGUCGGUGCAGCAGGAUGGCUGCUACCGGUGGGGCUGCGACUUCGCCGUGGCGCACGCCGUGUUCGCGUGCGGGUUCGUCACCGCGCCGGUGGCGGCGCUCCACCUCGUCAGGAGGCCGCGCUCCGCCCACGCCAUCUUCUUCGCUGUGGUCGCCGCCUUCUUCACCGCCGUCAGCCUCAUCCUCUGCUUCCGCUUCUACGCCGACCUGAAGCGCCCGCCGUGGCCCCGCCACCGCGUCGGCGUUGCUGCUGCCGUGCCCGCGAACGAAGGAUCGCCGCGCGACGGCUUCGGGGGACGACGCCCCGAGCAGCAUCCGGUGAUUUUGGGCGUCAAGCUGCAGGCCGCCCUCGCCGCGGGCCGCAUCCCGAGCUACGUGCACCGCGGCGGCGGCGGCGGCGACGUCGAGUGCGCGGUGUGCCUCGGCGAGGUGGAGCAUGGGGAGGCGGUGCGGCGGCUGCCGGGGUGCCUGCACGUGUUCCACGCGGCGUGCAUCGACCGGUGGCUGCGCGCGAGCGCCACGUGUCCGGUUUGCCGGUGCACCGUGGUGCCGCCACCGGAGAUGGUGGUCGACGUCAAUUCUUGA